CAAACCCAUACACAGAAGUUAGUGGGUAUUUUCGCUGGGGAAAAAACAAUUACUUUUGCCCGAAGCAAAAAUGGCCGCCGAAAUUCCGGCGCUCUUUGCGUAUCGACACUCUAGCGCUGUGUUUAAUCUCUGUUGUGAUCGCGGAGGGCGCUCGGGUCCAACGACUCUAUGGUGUGGCGCCUCCUGGCCGGAUUCGGGAAGUAAAGUCCACGGCGAGUCCGAGUUCGGCGCGCGUCCGUGUGGGGCUGGGCUGCUGCGGGAAGGAACCGCUAGGUUUCAUGAGUGUUACGAGGCUGUAGGGAAUUUCUCCUGAAGAUGUACAUGGUGCUUGAAAACCGCACAAGUUCCAUUCUUCAUUUGAAGAGAUCACCUGGCAUCAGAUCUUGGUCUCUCUUUGUUGGAAUAUCUUCCAUAGGUCUGGCUGCUGCUUACUAUAGUGAAGACAGCUUGGGAUGGAAACUCUUCUAUAUAGCUGGGUGUCUCUUUGUGGCUGCACAAAAUCUGGAGGAGUGGGAGGAAGCUGUAUUUGACAAGGACAAGGGAAAAGUCUUCCUUAAAACAUUCAACCUUUACAAAAAAAUACUGACCCUCUCAAGAGCAGGCCAUGAAAAAGUGGCGGCUUCGCUGAAUGAGAUUAGAGAUGUGAACGUGGAAGAGGAGAAAGUGCGUUACUUUGGGAAGGGUUACCUGGUAGUGCUACGAUUUGUCACUGGAUUUUCCCACCCUCUGACCCAGAGCGCAGUGCUGGGCUGUAGAAGUGACGUGGAAGCAGUUGCCAAGCUCAUUACUGCGUUUCUGGAACUGAACAAAGUAGAGAACCAUCAAGAUCUGUCGCAGAGCAGUGAAACGGAGGCCAGUGAUGCAGACGAACCCGAGGACGAGUAUUAACAGUAAUAAUGAAAUUAAAAAAGCUGAGCCCUCUGAAUGCUUGGAAGCUGUAUUGGCUGCAUUGCAUCUAAGAAGUCCCCUCAUUAUUUGGUGGCUUGGUGUCGUCCCUAUGUGUGUGAAUUCCUCUACCGCGACAGCUGCAAAAGUCUGAGUUGGAGUGCCUGCUGAUGCCAAAUUGCUUUAAAUUCCUGAACCCCCACACACUGUUCUUCAGCUGGAAGCUUCAGUAUGGAUUUGUUCAUAUGUGGCUUGCAUAGAAUCCAAAGGAAAUACUAUUUUACUUUGCCUUAAAUUUGUAGGUAUUGAUAAUGCUGGCUUUGGAACUUUGUCAGCACCUCAUAAUUAUCUAGGAAAAAUGUGUGCUAAUGAAUUGGUUUGAACUAGUGGAUUGCAUUCCACAGUUAUCAAGGUGAUGGUUGCACAUUUAAACUUCUGGUUGCUGUAAAUAUCCAUUGCAGGUACAGUGUAUCUGGACUUAGGAAGACUGAAUUAUUGACUUUAUAUUAUAAUGUCAGAUUCUGUUACUCUUAUUUAAAGGAAAACUCCAAUGUGGUACACACAUUUAAAUCCUGUCAUUAAAUUCAAAGAGUUAAUCAUGAAAAAAAAUUGGUUUUAAGCAUCUUAAAACAGUAAAUAAUCAAAAAGCCACUAUCUUGCCAGUUUUGAUGAUGCCAAGUACAGUAGGACUGAAAAAGUUACUUAUAAUUAGAAACCAAUAGAAAUAAAAAAAAGUUUGAAAGGUGGCGGUCCAGAAUUUCAGAUGUAAAAUUGGUCCAUUUCAUAUGUGGCUUAAUUCCUCCUAGAUUAGCCAAAAGGGAGUGAUUCUUUUUAAAUAAAAUAUAAUAGCACUUGCCUUGCAAUAGCUUUGAAAUGUUUCAAUUUCCUGUGCUGCUGUUUUACGGGUGGGAAUUGUCUUCUCCAAAUAAAACAGUAGUAGACGUGGGAGCCUCGAGUCAGGCUGUUCUAAGUAUUUAUUUUAAAAAAAUCUGCUACUGCAAGGCAAGUCCACCAGGUGUUUUUUUUGUUUUUUUCCUUCAAGUGCCAACUGUUAAAAUGAAUCUUCAGCCUAGCUCUAUCAAUGUUCCCUAUUUGAAAAGUCUUUGGCAUAUUAGAUAAGAUCUUUGUAGCAUUGGAUACUCUGUUAAGAAGGAUGGGACAGCUAGGUAUGUCAGUGCUUUGUGACCAAACCUUACCUUCAGAUAUGUUGUGAUUGUUGUCCUCUUUUCUAAGAUCUGUUUCCCAUGUGGUAAAAUAUAUAUUUUU